AUGCUUAGCUCUCCCAAGAAGUGUGUUGUGCAGGUGCAUUGGCAUGCCCCUCUUCCUGGUGUUUUUAAGUUGAACACUGAUGGGAGUAAGAAUUCUGGUUUUGGUGCUAUUAGAGCAGGUGGUGUGAUUAGAAACUCUGCAGGGGUUUGGAUUACGGGCUUUGCUGUCAAUCAAGGUGUUGGUUCUACUCUUGAGGCUGAACUUUGGGGUGUUUUUUGGGGGCUUCAUCUGGCUUGGGAGAUUGGUUGCAGACAUAUUGAGGUGGAAUGUGAUGCUAAUUCUGUGCUGUCUCUUCUCGCUGGCUCCAUUGCUUCCACACAUCCUCUAUUUAGCUUGAUAAGUUGUUGCAAGUUGAUGUUGCAGCAAGAUUGGGUUUGUUCUCUCACUCAUGUGUUUCAUGAGCAAAACUGUGUUGCUGAUGGUUUGGCUCACAUGAGUCAUGGUAUGGUCCCUGGCCUUCAUCGGUUGGAGCUCGCUCCUCCUUGUGUCUGUGAGAGCCUUGCUGCUGAUGUUUGCAGCCUGGCCAAGCCUAGAGUUGUGGCUGUUUAG